AUGAUCUUCGACAUCUUUAAAAGGUUUCAAGGGACUAAUCCAAGUCAACUAGCUCUUAGCGACGAGGAGCAGUCGGAUUUCGACGCCGACUUCGAAAUGCGCUCGCGUCCUAGUCCACCCUCUCCCUCUUCGGACGACGCAGAGAAGACCAACAAUGCCGCCACCUCGCGCAGGAAGUCAGAUGUCAAGGCUCCCAAAGAGGAUUCAGUCUCAGAUAAAGUCGAGGAUGAGCUCGAAGAUGAAGGCGAUGUAGAGGAAGAUGACGAUGACGAGGAAGAAGAGUUGUUUGUCGUGGAGAAGAUCCUGGGCCAUAUGGUGGACAACAAAGUAGGUUUGGAUGGUGCCUCAACAGCCCACUUGCACGACAUCUUGCUAACGUUGGCGCAAAAGGGAAACAUCCGAUUCCAGGUAAAAUGGGAAGGCUACGACAGUAAAAAGGACCUCACAUGGGAGCCUGAAGACAACCUCACAGAGGCAACAGAAGUUCUCCAGGACUAUUUUGCGGGUGUAGGCGGGCGACAGGCGAUUUUGGACCAAACUGAGAAAGCCAAAGCGAAGAAGCGCGGACGUCCUGGUAGCGACCAACCCGCAGGCACCAAACGACAGCGCAAGAACGGAGUUCACCCCGCCGAUACGGAACCGCCUGUGACGAAGAAGAAGUGGCAGCCCCCAUCUGGAUCGUGGGAAGACGAUAUCGAGAAUAUCGACGCCUGUGAAGAGGAAGGCGGGGGGAAACUGGUCGUCUACCUGAACUGGAAGAAUGGGCAAAAGACCAAGCAUGAGACAUCAGUCAUCUACAAGAAGUGUCCUCAGAAGAUGCUUCAAUUCUACGAACGACAUGUGAAAAUUAUCAGGGAGGAAAACAAAUCUUUGGUCGAAAAUGACGACUGA